AUGGCUCGGCACACGUCCCUUCGCCCUGUGGUGGCGCUGUCUGUGGCGGCGGAGUUCUGGGAGCAGGGAGAUCUGGAGCGGACGGUUCUGGAGCAGCAGCCAAUCCCCAUGAUGGACAGAAACAAAGCUGAUGAUCUGCCCAAACUGCAGUGUGGUUUCAUCGACUUUGUCUGUGCUUUUGUUUACAAGGAGUUCAGCCGCUUCCACGUCGAGAUCACCCCGAUGCUGGAGCGGCUGCUGAACAACCGCAAAGAGUGGAACGCCCUGAAGGAGGUGCACGAGGCUAAACUGGCCGCCAUCGAGGAGGAGAAGAAGGCCAAGGAGGAGGCGGCCCAGAAGGCAGCAGCAGCGAGGCAGGCCGAGGCUUCUCAAUCGAAGACCUGCGUCCUCAGCUGA